ACAGCAGCUGAGAGGCAUUAAUACCCUCAGAAGCCCGGAGCAUGGCAGAGAAUACAGUUUGACAUGGAGAUGAGGCGGAGCUUCAUGUAAGGUAAUGUGAUUUCAGUAUAUCACUGCUGCUGUUGGCACUCUGAGUGACACACGAUCAGCCUGCAGAGAUGAGAUGCAGAGAGGCAGGGAUGUGUUGCAUUCACAACUGUUAUGGUGCUGGACUGAGUGGACUAUAAGUGUACUGGCUAAUGCUGAGGAGACCAGAACACACCAUGUAUAAAAGCGUUUUUGACCAGUUGGAAGCGUGAGCUGAUGUGAUAUGACUCUGUUGCUUUGGUUCGGGGGAGGCAGACCGUUUCUGCUGCUUUUGUUCCUGAUUUGCUAUUUGACUCUGCCAAUCUCCACCAAGACCAGCAGGCGCCAAGAGGUCCACAGACCCACACACAACCACACAGAUGACAUCAUACUGGCUGUCAUACUCCCUCAGCAUAAUACCUCCUACCCCUGGGCAUGGCCUCGUGUGGGACCCGCUCUGACCCGUGCAAUCGCACGUGUCAAUGCUGACCCCACCCUGCUGCCCCGGCAUCAUCUCCGGCACAUAUUUGCCAACAGUGAGGACGGUGACGGUAUUUGCUCUGAAUCCAUCGCCCCACUGAUGGCUGUGGAUCUGAAGUUCGAACACAACCCUUGGGCUUUCAUAGGGCCUGGCUGCGACUAUACUUCCUCUCCAGUUGGACUGUUCACCACUCAUUGGGGUCUCCCAAUGGUCACAGCGGGGGCCCCCGCUGUUGCUUUCCUGCACAUGGAAAUGUACACCUCCAUUACCAAUACGGGUCCCACGCACAAAAAAUUGGGCGAGUACACCCUACACCUGUACAGGCAUUUCGGCUGGCACCAGCACACGUUGCUGAUGUUCAGUGACACUAAGAUGGGUGACAGGGCGUGCUACUUUGCCCUGGAGGGUCUGUACACUGAGAUGCACGAGGAGAACAUCACAACCAUGGACCUGGUGUUUGAGGAGCAUAAAGGGCCGGUAAACUAUUCUGAACUACUGCACAAGAUUCAGGAAGAUGGCAGAGUGGUGUUUGUAUGCUGUUCUCCUGAUAUUUUCCGUCAGCUGAUGGUGAACUUUCACAGGGCAGGUUUGCCUAAGGAGGAUUAUGUCUUCUUCUACAUUGACAUCUUUGGACGCAGCUUGAAGUCCCAUCCGUCCCAGCCAUGGGCCAGAGGUGAUGCAGAUGAUGUUCUUGCAAAGGAGGCCUUCCAGAGUGUGAAGAUUCUGACCUACCUGGAGCCUCAGAAUCAAGAGUAUAAAGAAUUUGUCACUGAUCUAAAAUCAGAUGCCAAAAGGAUGUUUAACUUCACAGUGGAGGAUUCACUGAUGAACAUCAUCUCAGGUGGUUUCUACGAUGGUCUGAUGUUGUACUGCCACGCUUUAAAUGAGUCUCUUUCAGAAGGACACGGCCGACCAUCAGGAGAGUCUGUCACAAAGAAAAUGUGGAACCGAACUUAUUAUGGUGUUACUGGUCUGGUGCAAGUUGAUGAGAAUGGAGACAGAGAGACUGAUUUUGCCCUGUGGGACAUGAAUGAUACUAACAGUGGCAACUUUCAGAUCGUGGCCGUGUAUAAUGGCACUCAAAAGCAGAUGAAGAUUCUGCCUGGGAAAAGCAUCCAGUGGCCUGGUGGUGACAUUCCAUUGGAUGUUCCCCUUUGCGGGUUUAAGAAUGAAAACCCAGCCUGUCUAGCACGAACCAUUGCAAUGCAUCAGAUGAUAUCCAUUGUGAUCUUUUUCAUCCUUGUCAUUAUCUUCACUGUGACUGUGUUUAUAUACAGAAAGCUGAAGCUAGAGAAGGAGCUGGUGGCUCAGUUAUGGAGAAUCGCUUGGGAAGACAUUCACAUGAGCAAUCUGGAAAAGGCCAUGAGGAGCGCUGGCAGCAAACUCACACUGUCUCUGAGAGGUUCGAACUAUGGAUCUCUGCUGACAGCUGAUGGUAAUUUCCAGGUGUUUGCUAAGACUGGCUAUUUUAAGGGAAAUAUCGUGGCCAUUAAAUAUAUCAACAGAAAGCGCAUCGAGUUAACCAGGAAAGUGUUGUUUGAACUGAAACAUAUGAGAGACGUGCAGAAUGAGCAUUUGACCCGUUUUAUUGGUGCCUGCAUCGACCCACCCAAUAUCUGUAUCAUCACAGAAUAUUGCCCUCGUGGCAGCCUGCAGGACAUAUUAGAAAACGAAAGUAUCACCCUUGACUGGAUGUUCAAAUAUUCACUAAUCAGUGACAUAGUGAAGGGCAUGGCUUUCCUCCACAACAGUGUGAUUGUAUCCCAUGGCAACCUGAAGUCGUCUAACUGUGUGGUGGACAAUCGUUUUGUGCUAAAGAUCACAGACUACGGGCUGUCCAGCAUCAGGACAGAGUCGGACACAGAGGACACCCACUCUUAUUUUGCACGUAAGCUGUGUAUGGCUCCAGAGUUGCUGAGAAUGGAGCCCUUUCCUCCAGGAGGCACGCAGAAAGGUGACGUCUAUAGUUUUGGCAUCAUCCUUCAAGAGGUGGCGCUGCGUAGAGGAGUCUUUUACUUGGAGGGAGAAUCGAUCAGCCCAAAAGAGAUUGUGGACCGCGUAGCUCUGGGUGAAUGGCCGUACCUACGGCCAUCAGUAAACACUCAGACUCAUAGUGAGGAGCUGGGCCAGCUGAUGCAGCGCUGUUGGGCUGAAGAACCAUCAGACAGACUAGAGUUCAAUCAUAUUAGUCUGUUAUUACGCAAACAAAACAGGGAGCACAGAAGUAACAUCUUGGAUAAUCUUUUGUCCCGUAUGGAGCAGUAUGCUAAUAACUUGGAGGAGCUGGUAGAGGAGAGAACCCAAGCUUACCUUGAGGAGAAACGCAAGGCUGAAGCUUUACUGUACCAGAUCCUCCCACAUUCAGUGGCAGAGCAGCUUAAGAGGGGCGAGACGGUGCAGGCAGAAGCGUUUGACUCUGUUACCAUCUACUUUAGUGACAUUGUGGGCUUUACAGCUCUGUCAGCAGAGAGCACACCUAUGCAGAUUGUGACACUCCUCAAUGACCUCUACACCUGCUUUGAUGCCAUUAUAGACAAUUUUGACGUUUACAAGGUGGAGACAAUAGGCGAUGCCUACAUGGUAGUUUCAGGAUUGCCGGUACGGAAUGGAAAGUUGCAUGGUGGUGAGAUCGCACGCAUGUCUCUUGCUUUAUUGGAGGCUGUCAAGACAUUCAAGAUACGCCACCGACCUGAUGAGCAGCUUAAAUUAAGAAUUGGCAUCCAUAGUGGCCCUGUCUGUGCAGGUGUAGUUGGGCUGAAGAUGCCUCGAUAUUGUCUGUUUGGCGACACAGUAAACACAUCCUCUCGUAUGGAAUCGAAUGGAGAACCUCUGAGGAUUCAUGUGUCGUCUGCCACACGAGAUGUGCUGCAGGAGUUCAACUGUUUCCAGCUGGAGCUCAGAGGAGACAUUGAAAUGAAGGGAAAGGGGAAAAUGAGGACCUACUGGCUUUUGGGAGAGAUCAAGAACAGUGAUUGAGAUGGUAAAAUUGAGACUGAAAAGCUCCAGAAUCAGCAGAGGCCCAGAGGCUCACGUCGCUUCUGUUGCCUAAAUACACACAUGUAUAACUGUGUUCAGCACUGUUGUAGAUGAAGCCUGACCUUUGUAUAUAUGUACUUAAAGAUGUUUUUGUAUGAUGUUAUAUUACCAUGUUGUUUGCUGUUAUGGCAACUGAAAAUGGAUGGAAGGUGGAAUUGAAUUUACUUGUUGGAAUAUCACCCCCUGGUGGAUAUGCAGCAGCACUGAGUUUCAUGUUUGUCAUUCAUUUAAUUUUUUUGCUAGCCUUUAAAGGUGCUCUGUGUAGAACUUAGCGGCAUCUAGUGGUGAGAUUGCAAAUUGCAAUCAACGGCUCAGUCCACUGCUCACCCCUCCCAAUCGAAACGCAUAAAGAAGUUACUGUAGCCACCACACGACAACGGUA